AUGCUGUGUCGCUCUACUUACUGCAUAAUGCAGGGUAGGUUUGUUGAAGUAGGUGACAAUGUGCGGCAGUUCGAUCCCGUCUGUGAAGUGCAGAGUGACAAAGCUACUGUUACCAUUACCAGCCGCUAUGAUGGUAUCGUCCGUGCCUUGCAUUUCAAGCCACAAGACACCUGUUUGGUUGGUCAAGCUCUUGUAGAUAUUGAGGUGGACAACAGCUCUUCAAAUUCGGAUAAGCGCGAGCUUCAUUCAGUACCUGUUGAAGUGCCAGACUGCAUCGAGCCAGAAGCCAAUAGGAUAAAGGUAUUGGCGACUCCGAGUGUUCGUCGACUUGCGGCGGAGUACAAGGCAAGUGUUUAG